UACAGGAGAAUGCCAUUUGGACUUUGCAAUGCUCCAGCAACUUUUCAGAGGUGUAUGCUUUCAAUUUUUUCUGAUAUGGUUGAAAAGUUUAUUGAGAUAUUUAUGGAUGACUUUUCUGUUUUUGGUAAUUCUUUUGAAUCCUGCCUUAAACAUUUAUAUCUUGUCUUGAAACGGUGUCAAGAAUCAAACCUUGUUUUAAAUUGGGAAAAAUGUCAUUUUAUGGUUACAGAAGGCAUUGUUCUUGGACACCGGAUUUCAAGAUUUUAUAGAAGAUUUAUAAAGGAUUUUUCUAAAAUUGCUAAACCAUUGAGCAACUUGUUGGUUGUUGAUGUUCCUUUUGUCUUUAAUUCUGAUUGUCUGCAUGCUUUUGAAACUCUGAAGGCAAACCUUACCUCUACUCCCAUUAUAGCUCCCCCUGACUGGGAUUUGCCAUUUGAAUUAAUGUGUGAUGCUAGUGAUUUUGCUAUAGGAGCCGUUUUAGGACAGAGUCGUGUGUUAAAUGAUGCUCAAAAGAAUUACACAACUACAGAAAAGGAAUUAUUAGCUGUUAUGUAUGCUGUUGAUAAGUUUAGGUCCUAUUUACUUGGUUCUAAGGUUAUUGUUUAUACUAACCAUGCUGCGUUGAAGUACCUUCUAACCAAACAGGAUUCUAAACCCAGAUUAAUCAGAUGGGUGUUACUCCUUCAGGAGUUUGAUAUUGAGAUAAAAGACAGGAAAGGGUCAGAAAAUCAAGUAGCUGACCAUUUUUCCAGAAUUGAGCCUGAAGCAGGAGAACAACCACCCACAGUUGUGACUGAGACAUUUCCGGAUGAACAAUUGUUCCUCAUUCAGCAGGCACCAUGGUUUGUAGACAUUGCAAAUUACAAAGCCAUGAAUUUUAUCCCAAGAGAGUACAGUAGGCAACAAGUGAAGAAGCUAUUGACUGAUUUGUUUGAUGUGUGGGGUAUUGAUUUCAUGGAACCUUUUCCACCCUCACAUUCAAACAACUAUAUCCUAGUGGCAGUGGACUAUGUGUCCAAAUGGGUGAAAGUUGUGGCUUUGCCCACCAAUGAUGCCAAGGUGGUAAUGGACUUUCUUCAGAGGUAUAUCUUUAGCCGAUUUGGCAUCCCAAGGACACUCAUUAGUGAUGGAGGAAGUCACUUUUGUAACAGACAACUAGACUCUCUUCUGCAUAGAUAUGGAGUCCGUCAUAAAGUGGCAACCCCCUAUCACCCUCAGACAAGUGGACAGGUUGAAGUCUCUAACAGGGAGCUUAAAAAGGACUGGUCUAGGAAGCUUGAUGAUGCUCUCUGGGCAUACCGGACAGCAUACAAGACUCCAAUUGGCAUGUCGCCCUAUCAGUUAGUCUAUGGCAAAUCCUGUCACUUGCCAGUUGAGCUGGAGCACAAGGCUUAUUGGGCAGUUAGGUAUUUGAAUCUUGAUUCAGAAGCUGCAGGAAUUAAGCGGAUGCUUCAGUUGAAUGAGCUUGAUGAAUUCAGAUAUUCAGCCUAUGAGAAUGCCAAGCUCUAUAAGGAAAGAACCAAGUUACUGCAUAACAAAAAGAUUGCCAUCAGAGUCUUUGAGCCAGGACAAAGAGUGCUUCUAUAUAAUUCAAGGCUCAAAUUCUUUCCCGGAAAGCUAAAAUCCCGGUGGUCAGGGCCGUUUGUGGUUACCAGAGCCUCACCAUAUGGUCAUGUGGAAAUACAAGAAGAAAAUUCUGACAGAAAAUUUACCGUGAAUGGCCAGAAGUUGAAGCACUAUCUUGGAGGCGAGAUUGACCGCCAGAGGUCCACUCAUCUGCUGAACUGGCAGAACUGA